AUGGAGGAACUUCCACAAUGGAAAUUCUUUUAUGGAAGAACGUCCAAGGCACCGUACGCUUCAAAGAAUCUCCAACAUGUCUUCACCACAUUAGGAAUGUCAAUGAAUCUGGCAAAAUCUGAGAAACCCUGGACCUAUCACUGGUACAAAGACAACCAACCGAUACCUGGAAACCAACAGAACCUUCCAAUAACAUAUUCAAGAGAUGAGAACAGUGGAGAUUACCGGUGCGGGAUCAGUGUCAGUGAUAUCAGUGAUCCCGUCACUCUAAAUGUUACAAGCAAGCUCUUCUCUCCUCCGGGUAUAAAAGUGACCACGAACAGGGUAAUAGAAGGAGGAGACAUGACGGUGACAUGUGACACCAGACUGGAUUCGCUUCGAGGUGGUACAAAGCUGCUGUUUGCCUUCUACAGAGAUGAACGGACUGUACAGGAGUUCAGUGUAUCUGAUACAUACAGAGUGCGGUCAGCUCAGCUGGAGGAUUCUGGGAAAUAUACCUGUGAAGUGAGGACGGCGACUGACACUGUGAGGAAGAGGAGUGAUGAGUUCUACAUCCGGAUAUACGAAGGUGCCAUCAGACCGGUGGUGACCUUCACACCCAACUGGGGGAAAAUACUACAGAAUGACUCCGUGACUCUAAUAUGUAAUGUGACGUCUACUGUACCAGAGGAACCCCGGACCUAUCACUGGUACAAAGACAACCAACCGAUACCUGGAAAGCAACAGACCCUUCCAAUAAGAUCUUCAGGAGUGGGGGACAGUGGAGAUUACCAGUGCCGGGUCAGUGGCAGUGAUAUCAGUGAUCCCGUCACUCUGAGUGUUAUAAACAAUUAUCUCAUUCUGCAGAGACCUCCAUCUGCCUUUUAUGAAGGAGACCCCCUGACUCUGAGAUGUCAUCAUAUGAAAGUUUUUACUGGCCUUCCAGCAACAUUUUACAAGGAUGAUGAAGAGAUAAAACCACAAUCCCUCGAUGAGUUUCAUAUUCAUAAAGUCGAUCUAAACACAACUGGACAUUAUAAAUGUACCAAAGAGAUAAAUCGUGUGGAUUAUCCUGAGAAGUACUCAGCUGAAUUGCCUGUCACUGUGAAAGAGCUCUUCUCUCCUCCGGAAAUAAAAGUGCAGUACAGGGUAAUAGAAGGAGGGGACAUGACGGUGAGAUGUGACACCAGACUGGAUCCGCUCCGAGGUGGCACAGAGCUGCAGUUUGCAUUCUACAGAGAUGGACGGACCGUGCAGGAGUUCAGUGUAUCUGAUACAUACAGAGUGCGGUCAGCUCAGCUGGAGAAUUCUGGGAAAUAUACCUGUGAAGUGAGAACAGCGACUGACACUGUGAGGAAGAGGAGUGAUGAGUUCUACAUCCGGAUAUAUGAGCUCUUCUCUCCUCCGGAUAUAAAAGUGACCCCGUAUUGGGUGAUAAAAGGAGGUGACAUGACGGUGAGAUGUGACACCAAACUGGAUCCGCUCCGAGGUGUCACAGAGCUGCUGUUUGCAUUCUACAGAGAUGGACGGACCGUGCAGGGAUUCAGUGUAUCUAAUACAUACAGAGUACAGUCGGCUCAGCUGGAGGAUUCUGGGAAAUAUACCUGUGAAGUGAGGACGGUGACUGACACUGUGAGGAAGAUGAGUGAUGAGUUCUACAUCCCAAUAUAUGAUUACACAGCGCACAAUAUAAUACGGCUGGUGAUCUCUGUAUGUGUAUUAGUUGCUGCUGUAUGCUUCAUCUACUUCCACAACAAGUGGUAG